AUGAGCAGCAAAACAUUGGACAGUAUCUGUAACAAAUUUGCGAGACCUUGUUUUUCAUUUCUUACUCUUUGUACCGACAGCCGUACCAAGUGCAGACCGAAAACCAGUACCAGGGCCGCCAGCAGUACCAGCCCCAGCCCCAGCCACAGCCUCAGCCCCAACCUCAGCAACAAUACCGCCAGCAGUAUGCCCAAGAAGGUCCUCAGCGAGUUCCCGAAGAUUAUGACG